AUGGAGCACAGGAAGCAGAAGUUAAUGAGUUCCUUCGUGGCUGUGUUCGAGAUACGCAGAACUCGUCCAACACUUGUUCUACUAGUGCUGAUGUUGGUAGGGUUUGAAGGGGUCGGCGGACUCCGGGCGUGUAGGAGGAAAACGGAAGCUGGUGGACUGUCUGUGGAGUCUCUGAGCUCUUUGAAGCAUCAUCCUGUGACGGGAGCGGCACUGAGCCGUUCCAGACGCUACGCCAUCAACCCACUGGGCCACAAGUGGAAGCAUUUCAACCUCACCUACAAGAUCGUGAAGUUUCCCAACACGCUGAACAAAGAUGACACCCGCCAGGCCAUCAGCAUUGCGUUCUCCAAGUGGAGCGACGUGUCCCCUCUCUACUUCGCCGAAAUCAAAAACCCCAACAAGAGUGCUGACAUUAUCAUCGGCUUCUACACGUGGAACCACACAGACUGCCGGUGGUCUCCAUUGCAUCCCUGUUUUGAUGGACUUAAUGGGGAGUUGGCCCAUGCCUUCCUGCCCCCACGCGGGGAGAUCCACUUUGACAAUCAUGAGUUCUGGAUCCUGGGGAAGUCCCGCUUCAGCUGGAAACAAGGCGUGUGGUUAAAUGACCUGGUACAGGUGGCGGCUCAUGAGAUUGGGCACGCCCUGGGGCUGUGGCACUCCCGUGACCCCCAGGCCCUGAUGCACCCCAAUGCCACCUACACGGGCCAGAGGAACAUUGCCCAGGACGACAUCUGGGGAAUCCAGCGCCUCUAUGGAUGCACGGACAAGAAGCGCGUGUGUGAUCCAUGGGCUCGCCUUGACUUCUGCGAAAGGAGGAAGAGCUUCAUGAAGAAACACUGUGCCCGACGAUGUGAUCUCUGCUAUGAGCCUCUUGAGGCCGUUACCACGCUAAGUCCACCGCCUGCCAACGUCAAGAUCAAGAUAGUUCCUCGUGGAAAGGUUGUGGGCUUCCGCUGUGGGACGAAGAAUCCUAGAUCGCCUCCCAAAGUCAGUUGGUACAAGGAUGGAGAGCAGCUCGUGAUCUCUAUCCCCGGCUACAUCACCAUGAAGGACCGCGACCUCCGCGUCGUCGCCAACGAGUUUAACGAGGGCACUUAUACCUGUCGCGUCAAUCGUGGCGGCAACGUGGUCUCUGCAAACUCCUGGGUCAUCCGCCUGAAGCCUGAACAGCCCUCCAACAGCUGAGCUGAAUGAAGAGAGUGAGGGAAGAAUGAGAGCUGGGAAGGAAAGAAUGAGGCAUGGCGGAAAAGAGGACGAACCCACCGCAACAAUGACAAUAUUAUAGGUGAACUCAGCAAUACAACAUCCUCAUACACAGCAUGACGACUUCCUGCUUACUAAUAUUAAAUAUGCCAAGACUGCCACAUAUUGGACCUUAUUCACGCAGGGAUUGUGAGCUUUCAAAAUACAGCUUUGUGUGAUAAAAAAACCCGGAAAAACUUAAGGUUAACCUUGGAAUCAACAGAUAAUUGACCAAUGGAAACAACCCUCUAUUCUAGAGCCAAUAGUGUCAGUCUUAGCACAUCAAAAUGAUGUUGUUGAUGUCUGUAAACAGGAAG